AUGGACCGAGACCGGGACAGUCGCAGACGUGCAGACGUCCCACCUGAAGACCAGUAUGGCUCUGGCAGAGGGCAGUCAUAUCGCCCGGGCAAUGUUGUGCGAGACCGAUCCCCACCUCGCGCCGACACAUACAGAGCACGAUCACCACCGCGCCGACCCGACUACCACGACACUCGCGCCGACACAUACCGCGCUCGUCCUCGAAGCAGAACACCACCUCCGCGGCGAGACGAGUACCGACGACGAUCGCCUUCUCCUCCACGCUAUCGUGACGCUCGAGAGGCAGUGCCAAGAGGAGGUGACAGCUACAGAGGCCGGCCACGGUCGCCACCUCCGAGAAGAGAAGACCUGCCACGAGACGACCUCUUUAGGAGAGAGCCCGUAAGAGACGACAGAGGCUAUCGAGACACCAGAGACUUCAGAGAUGAGAGGGACGGCCGUUUUGCUGCACCGAUCGCCGAGCGCUCGCCACUUCCUCGCUAUCGGGAACGUAGUGCUGUCCCGCUGAAGAGGACACGAGAGCCGUCACCCAUCUCUAGCAGAGGCAGACGCUCACCACCACCCGUCAAGCGAGAGCGACUAGCGAGUCCUCCAAGAGCAGGCAGAUACGAUGACUACCCACCUUCACGAGCCGUCAGUCCGCCACGGAGGAGAUACUCGCCAGACCCACGAGACCGCCGUCCUUCUCCACCACGAGGCGUGACUAGAGACUACCGCCCGGCUCGUUCCAGAUCGCCAAUGGCUAGGAACGAUAGAGUCGAUCCUCGAGCAGUAGACGAUUGGAGAAGACCGCGUUCACCCGUCCGUGACACCAGACACGACUACCUCAAUCGUGAAGAGUCUGUUGUCAACUCAACCGCGACUAGUCGUCGCUCUUCACCUCCAGUACACCCCAGCAGAGCUGCUCUAAACCCAGCCUUUGAAGACAGACCAAGAAGCAGCAGAGCCUCGCCUCGAGACCCAUACAACGAUCGUGAGCCGUAUCGUGCUGGUGACCCAGAACCACGACGCAACACUUACAAUGCAGUGCCAGCUUAUGACGAUGAACCGAGCUACUCGGCGCCGGUCCAUGAUGCCGUGCCACCGCCACGAGAGCCACGCCGUUCCGAUGAUGCACCACUACCAAUUCGUGCACCUCCCACCGGACCAAGCUCGCAGCGCGCAACUUCUAUGUCGAUGGCUCCACCUACGGGCCCUGCUGCGUCAGGUGCAGCUCCCUCCGGUCCUAGAGCGGCCGGCGCUCCACCAGCUGGUCCUCGUGGCUCAGCGGCACCUCGAGGCGACUUUGCUCCACGUGGCAGAGGGGGAUUCGGAAGUGACUUUGCACCCCGUGGUCGAGGAGGAUUCAGAGGAGGCUUCGAUGGUGGCUUCCGCGGAGGCAGAGGUGGCGCGCCUACAGGUCCUUCUGCUGGCUUUGGCCGUGGCGAUGCAGGCUUCGCUCGUAGCACUAGUGAGAGCUUCUCACAGGAUCCCGCCUUUGUCUCUCGUCCACCUCCUUCUGGUCCACGCGGUUCCUUCUCACAAGCCCAAGCGCCAUCUCCGGUGUUUAGUAGACAAAGCAGCAUGAGCACGUCAACUCCUGUAGCACCGACAGGUCCACGCGGCCAGCGCUUCGCCAACGGCGACACACCCAUGCCAGAUGCACCGACGGGCCCUAAGGCUGCUCGUCGUCCCACCGAGCCGAAUAUCCCGACCGGACCGGCUGCGAGCCGAAUCCAUCCCGCGUUGCUCGAUUUACCGAAGAUCGUGGAAGGUGGUAUCAAGGCUGAGCCGCUUAUUGACCGGACGAAACUUACUCGACUGGAGAAUGAGGCGGAGAGGCUGAGGGAACAGAUUGAUGAGAAGGAGCAAAAGAAGAGGAAGUCAUUGAGAGAGUGGGACAGGCUACAGAGGGAGAGUGAGGUUGCGAGCCUCAGGAGUGAGUUGGCUGAGCAGGCAUUGAGGGAGCUGAAUGGUGAAGCGGAGAGUCAGGCAGCAUUUUAG